ACUUUCAAACACAUUGGCUUUUAAUAGCAUUGCAUCCCUUUGGUCCGCUGGCUGUUCAUUUCUGUUGGACAAUACCAGCUGUUGGGCUAUUGGACUGCUGGAAACUCUUGCUGUUGCCGCUGCAGUCCUUGUAAUAAUUCAUAUAGUGGCUUCAUUACCGUGGUUGGGACAACAUCCUGUUGAGCUCUAUCGCCAAAGUCCCCGUAUCUAUUAUCUGCGUUUGAAGUGCAUUGCAAACAUCGAUCGAUUCAUUGAUUUGUACACCAAUGUAUCACGUAAAAUGGAUAGUGUUUUUGAAGCAUACUUAGGUCCGGACGGCGUCUUGGCAGGGGCGGUGGUGGGUGCAGUCGCGGGAGCAACAGGGGAACCUGAUGAUAUACCAAAUGUUAAUACCACAGUUUGGAUAUUGGGUAAAAGUUACAAUGCCAUACAAGAAUUGGAAUUGAUACGUCGAGAUGUCCAAUCGCGUUUGUGGUGUACAUAUCGUCGGGGAUUUGUCCCUCUGGGGGAGCCGCAAUUGACCACCGAUAAAGGUUGGGGCUGUACAUUGCGUUGUGGCCAAAUGGUCUUGGCUCAGGCAUUGAUUGACUUACAUUUGGGACGUGAUUGGUUUUGGACACCGGAAACCCGAGAUCAAACCUAUUUGAAAAUAGUCAAUCGUUUUGAGGACUCGAGGAAAAGUUUUUUCUCCAUACAUCAAAUUGCCUUAAUGGGAGAUUCAGAGGAUAAAAAAGUGGGUCAGUGGUUUGGUCCAAAUACUGUGGCACAGGUUUUGAAGAAACUAGUACGUUAUGAUGAUUGGUGUAGCCUAAUGAUUCAUGUGGCAAUGGACAUGUCAAUUGUCUCGGAUGACAUCAUGUCCCUUUGUCUAGAGAAUCCCCAAAAUGACGAAUCCUGGAAACCAUUACUUCUUAUUAUCCCCUUGCGCCUGGGUCUAAGCGAUAUAAAUCCCAUUUAUAUACCAGCACUAAAGAAAUGUUUUGAAUUGGUUGGUUUCUGUGGCAUGAUUGGUGGCCGUCCAAAUCAGGCAUUGUAUUUUAUGGGUUAUGUGGACGAUGAGGUGUUGUUUUUGGAUCCACACACAACACAAAGAUGCGGUUCGGUGGGACAAAAAACCUCACAAGAUGAAAUUGAGUUUGAUGCAACAUUUCAUCAGAAAUAUGCUGGACGAAUACCGUUUACACAUAUGGAUCCGUCGUUGGCAGUGUGUUUCCUUUGUAAAACGCGUAUUUCGUUCGACAUACUGCUGGAGGAUUUGAAAACAAAAGUUCUAACAGCAAGUACUCAGCCAUUAUUUGAAAUUGUUAAAACGAGAUCCCCCGAAUGGGUAUCAAGUAUGCCAGGUACUACCACCACAACUACUACUACUAUGCCUUACAAUCUUACAUCUUCAACUACCACAAAUCUUAAUACAAGUAAAACAUAUCAAUAUCCCAGUAUAAAUACUACAACAAAUAACAACUUUAACGGAGAUCAAAUAAUGCAAAUUAGCGAUCCUUGUUAUAACUCUUUUGAAGAUUUCUCAAAUUCUUGUGAAAUGAAUUCGAGUUCGUUGCAAACAUUUCAGACAAUUGGUUACAACACCAACAGCAACUCUGAUGACUUGACAAGUUAUAGUUCGACCACAACGCGAACUAUAAGUUGUGGGGAUACAGAAGAUUUCGAAAAACUGAAUCACACUUCAGAGGAGUUAAGGCCACGUAACUGCUGUGAUGAAUACACUGGUUCCGAUGAUGAUUUUGAAUUUAUUUCAUAGUUUUAAAAUACAACAUGUGUCUUUUUUUACAAAAAUUGCUAACUACAAUAUUUGUAUUUAUGGUUUUUACAAAAAGAAACGAAAUGAGAAUUGUUUUUUUAGAGUGGUAGCAAGUCCAGGAAAUAAGAACUGCAAACAGAUGUCUUAAUUUUUGUUUUUAAUUUCUCAAAUGGAUUUGCAUGGAGUACCCUCCUGCAGCAAUUUAGUAAUAUUUAGUGGUAAACAAAAUUCAUUUAUAUUUAGUCUCAAUUUAUUUUUUCCCCUUUUUUGUAUAAACAAAUAAAUAAUAUUAAACUUAAGAA